AUGACCGGUUUUUCUACUCAUAGCCCAUGGGUGUUUACAUUCGGCCUUAUAGGUAACUUCGUUUCUUUUGUGGUUUUCCUCGCUCCAAUCCCAACAUUUGUAAGGAUUUUUAAGAAGAAAACUACAGAAGGGUUCGAAUCACUGCCAUAUGUGGUUGCACUGUUCAGUGCAAUGCUUUGGCUCUACUAUGCAUCACUCAAGUCUGAUGUUCUCCUCCUCAUCACCAUCAACUCAGUCGGUUGUCUCAUAGAGACAAUUUACAUUGCUCUAUAUAUUGCCUAUGCUCCAAAACAAGCUAGGAUUGUCACUUUGAGGAUACUUAUUUUGUUGAACUUUGGGGGAUUUUUUUUUAUUCUUCUUCUCUCCCACUUCUUUGUAAAGGGAUCAAACCGGGUUAAAGUUCUUGGAUGGGUUUGCGUAGCAUUCUCCGUAAGUGUAUUUGCAGCACCUUUGAGCAUCAUGAAACUUGUGAUACGAACCAAGAGUGUGGAGUUCAUGCCAUUUACUUUAUCAUUUUUUCUCACCCUUAGUGCUAUUAUGUGGCUCUUUUAUGGCCUACUACGGAAGGACUUCUAUAUUGCGAUUCCAAACAUAGUGGGUUUCAUCUUUGGGGUGCUUCAGAUGAUACUCUAUGCAAUUUACAAGAACUUCAAGCCAGUAGUGCCUAUGGACCCUAAACUACCUCAACACAACAUUGAUAUUGACAAAUUGAGCACAAUUUCUUGUGAGAUGCAACAAGCUGUUUGCCCCAAAACAAAUGAGCAAGACGAUCCCAUUGAGAAUAGCAAGGGUCCCAGGUCCAAUCAAGACCAGCCUAAUAAAUGUGAAAUUUUUGUCUCUGCCUAA